AUGCGUUUAAACGUUCCUACUGCGUCUUCCAUUCGUCACUUUAGCAGCGUGCAGGAGAAGCUCGGCGCUGUUAUUGAAGAGCGCUAUGCGUGCAAAUCCUUUUUGCCGGAUACAGUACCAGACAAGACGCUUCAGGAGAUCCUCAAGCUUACACUUAGAGCUCCAACGGGAUUCAAUACGCAGCCGUAUGCCUGCGUGUUGGUGCGUGAACAGAAAGACCGGAAUCAGCUGGCGGAAGCUAUGAUGGGCAGCAACGUCCGCAAGGUCAAGGAAGCUCCGAUAGUAGCAGUAUUUGCCGCUGACUGUGAGCCUAGCAAGCGCUUGCCACGUUUGCAACAACUGGCCCAUGAUAACGGAGCCCCCCGCAGACGUUGUGCACAACAUGCCGCACGUGCUGUAUCACCGCUGAUGCCUGUUCCUUCAAAUGUAUCGACCGAAGCAUGGGCGUUCAAGCAAACAGCAUUUGCUGCUGCUACUUUUCUGUAUGCCGCGCAGGUGUACGGACUUGCGACGUGUCCGAUGGAAGGAUUUGACCAGAUCCGUGUGAGGAAUGCACUGAACAUUCCGGACCGGUAUGGUGUGCCAGUAAUAAUAGCUCUUGGUCAUCCGAACCCGACUGAAAAGCCUGAAAACCCUUCUGCAAGACUCGAUCCGACAGAAGUAUUCUUUGAUGGCAAGUUUGGUGAUUCAAGUAAUAAGAUUUUCUCGAACAAGCAAAAAUAG